AUGAGCUCAGCUGAGAUGAACUUCAUGCGUAGCUGGGCUCUUCUCUUGGCUGCUGUCGACAUCCAGCUUCAGCGGGUUCGCUCGCUUCCGGUGGAGAAGAGACCGCCGCAGAGAGAGGCUCUGCGUCGUCGGCGCGCUUCGAUCCUGCAGGGGGGAAUCCAGGCAGAAGUGGUGUCAAGCCAUUGGGAAGGGGUUCGGAAGGAACUGCUCGAGCGUCAUGUCAUCGUGAUGAAGGGCAGCUGGCUGCAGGGCAACACCAGAAGUUUCUUCUUGCUCACAGGUGCCGACCUGCUGGUGUUCGAGAGGUUAGACAGCCAGCCGCACAAGGUGCAGCUGAGCCUUUUGGGUUCUACAGCCCGGUUAGAGGAGUCGCACAUGAAGACAGCCAAUCCUCCCUUUGAGACUGGAUUUCCUGCUAGAGUCGGCGUGACUUUGGCCACUGGGGGGCGACUCUGGCUCUAUGCACCGCGGUUCGAUCUGGCAAAGCAUUGGUACCGCACCAUCCGUUUGGUGAACCAGAUUCACGAAUCAAAGAGAGGCAAGCUCGCGUUGGAGAUUCCACUUGAGACCAUUGCCAACUAUAUGCAGACGCACUCGAGACGCCGUGCCUGGGAUGUCCUGGUGUCGUACAACAAGAUAUGGUGGGAGAGGCAUGCCUUGCUUGCUCAGUGCUCUCAAGCCUUUGCGAGCAUGGCUGUCCUCAGUGGGUGGCAUAAGAUGCUCGAGGUCUACGGAGCCAGAAGCAAAGCUGCAGCUGAGGACGACUGGUGUGAAUGCUAG